AUGACUGUCAUCUCCGCAGAGGGGGGAACUUGUGCGCUGACCUGUACCCGAUCACCUGCAGCCAUUGAGACUGGCGAUGGUCCUGCUGUUCUUCGGGCAGCUGGACUCUCAGAUGCUUCGUAUCGACGUAAGCAGCGAGUCCGGGGAAACGCCACGCGCCUGGCGGACCUGAAAUUCACAGCGGAUCUCUCUCGCGUGCUCCGGAAAGUCAGCGAUCGCUAUCUAUCCGUUGCCAUCGACGCCAGUCUGGCAACCGAGGAGAAGUUCAUGUCCCUUUUGAGGUCUCCAAAGUUGCGGACGUUGGCGCGGGCGUUAAGGCCAGCCUUUCUGAGAUUCGGGGGGACGCGACAGGAUUUCAUGGUCUUCAACCCGCAGAGGACCUCCAGCCGGCCGCACGAUCGCCGCAGCUCCGCCUCAGGGGACGCCUGCGAGAAAGUAGAGGCGCCCUCGCUGCUGGAGGACACGCUGAAAGAAUGGUCUCAAAUGCAAAUGUUUCUACAAAGAGAGGAUCUGCAGAGGAAAUACAGAAGGGUCAAGUUCACAGGGCAUACCGUGGACAUGCUGCACUCUUUUGCCAACUGCUCAGGGCUGGACCUGAUCUUCGGGUUAAACGCCCUGCUCAGGACGCCUGGCAAUGCCUGGAACAGCAGCAACGCCAGGUCCCUGAUGCAGUACUGUGAAUCCAAACAGUACAGGAUGUCCUGGGAGCUGGGGAAUGAGCCCAACAGCUACGAGAAGAAGGCGGGCAUCCAAAUAGAUGGGUACCAGCUCGGCCAAGACUUUGUCCAUCUCCGAGAGAUGAUGAGAGAGUCCAAAUUUUACUCCAACGCCGGACUGUAUGGGCCAGAUAUCAGCCAGCCACGUGACCGCCAGAGGUAUCUGCUGGAAGGGUUUCUGAAGAGCGGGGCAGAGGCAAUUGAUGCAUGCACUUGGCACCACUACUACGUAAAUGGAAGGGACACGUCGUUGGAGGAUUUUCUAGAUCCCCAGGUUCUGGACACGCUGGCCUUGAAGACCAGCAAAGUGCUGCAGAUCGUUGAGCGAGUGUCUCCCGGAAAGAACGUUUGGUUGGGUGAGACAAGCUCCGCCUAUGGGGGUGGAGCUUUGGGACUGUCUGACACAUUUGUAGCGGGAUUCAUGUGGCUUGACAAGUUGGGGCUUGGAGCCAAACUGGGCUUGGACGUUGUUAUCAGACAGGUUUUUAUUGGAUCUGGGAGUUACCACCUACUUGACGACGACCUAGAUCCUCUUCCUGACUACUGGUUAUCAGUUCUGUACAAGAGGCUCGUUGGGCAAGAGGUUUUGAGGAUCCAGGCAAAUUCCACCUUCGGCCGCAGUAAGAGAGUGCGGAUGUAUUUGCACUGUGCUGACAAGAAGAGAACACGUUACAGAAGUGGAGCCCUCACACUGAUGGUCAUGAACCUAAGUAAGAAUCCGGCCAAGAUAUUGUUGCCUGCCAAUAUCUCCACCACCACAGUGGAGGCCUUUGUUCUUCAGUCAGACCAGCCGAGCAAGGACGGGCUCCUCUCCAGGUCUGUAAGGCUAAAUGGAGAAGUGUUGCAGAUGGUGGAUGACCACACUCUUCCUGAGCUUAAAGGACGCCAUUUUCUACCAGGAGAAGCUCUACGGCUCCCCGGGUUCUCCUUGGCCUUCUAUGUUCUGGCAGAAGCUCGGGCACCAGCGUGCCUCUGAUCCCGGUAUCAGGGUAGCGGAGUAACAAACCCUGAUGUAAAACGGACUGUCAUCAGCGAAGCGUCCCGCCUAAAGCCUGUACUGGAGCUGGAAUAUUGCACUGCCACGGACACUUGACACUGGACUGUAAACAAGCAAAUGUUGUAAAUAAAAUUCCUCAAACAUUUUAA